CAGAAAAGAAAUAUAAACAACUAUAUAUAGAAUAUGGUAAAUGCAUGUGGUUGGUUGAGCAUUUAUAGAUGAGACCUUGGGUGUACGUACCUUUUGCUCUCUCGAUCCCAUACGUCCUUGAGAAUUUUUACUUUUUUUCUUGACACUUGUCAUCUUCUUCUCCACCACCUCCAAACUUGUUGUGACAUAAGCACAUAUAUUGUAUAACCAACGUACUAGUGGUCACCAAAAUGAGUUACUUGGGUGUUGGUGUUAGUCCUGGGAAUGUUCCAGUUUAUCAUAUUGGUACCGAUGUGAAGGAUGUUGGUCGGAAAGUGAGGCUUGCCGAGUUGAUUUUAAGGUCUGUUGUUUGUGUUCUAGCUCUUGUUUCGGCUCUUCUUGUUGCUACUAAUUCACAAGUCCAAGAAAUCUUUACCAUCCAGAAAAAAGCCAAAUUUACAGACAUGAAAGCCCUUGUGUUUUUGGUGGUGGUUAGCGCGAUGGCGGCAGCCUACUCACUGGUGCAAGUGUUGAGAUGUGGGUUGAGUGUGGUUAGGGGAAGUGUGGUCUUGAGCAAGCCCUUGGCUUGGCUAAUUUUUUCCGGUGAUCAGCUUAUGGCUUACGUGAUGUUAGCUGCACUCGGGGCUGCUCUACAAUCGGCCAUAUUUGCUAAAUUCGCAGAACCGGAGCUGCAAUGGAUGAAGGUGUGCGAUAUGUAUGGGAAAUUCUGUAACCGAAGUGGAGAAGGGAUAGCGUGUUCUGCGGUUGCAUGGUUGAUGAUGGUCAUUAUCACGGGCAUAUCGUCGUUUAGCCUCUUUCGGUUGUAUGGCGGAAAUAAAGGAACUAAAAUAGGUGCAGGAUGGUAAUUAACAAGCUUCGGUUUAUCUACAUUUUGCCUGUUUGUGAGUUGUGACUAGUAUGGAAAAUGUAUAAUCAUUAGGAGUAAGAGGGUGUGUAAAAAAGGAGUUUGUCACUUAUUUUCUCAGUCUAUAUAUAUAUAAUAAAAAAAGGAGUUACGUUUGUGAUGUAUA